AUGCUGCUUGCAUCGACGAAUGAAGCGGAAUUGGAGCUGAUUUAUCAGGAUGUAGCCAAGGAAUUCGAAAUUACAAGCCUGGGAGAGAUUCGGCACUUCCUUGGGAUGGAGAUGCGUCGCGAAAACGAAAUGUAUCAAGUCAGAUUGAAGCAAUACAUCGACAAGCUACUGAACAGACACGGGAUGGACCAAGCAAAACCAGCAAAGUUCCCAAUGGACUUGGGGUACAUGAAGUCGCUGCAAACCAGCAAGCCACUUGAUAAUGCACAUGAAUACAGGAGUUUGGUUGGUGGAUUACUUUAUCUAUUAGUCAUCGCUCGACCAGAUAUAGCGGCAGUGACAGCGAUUCUAGGAAGGAAGUUUUCUACCCCGAAAGAGGCAGAUUGGACAGCUGCCAAGCGCGUUUUGCGUUACUUGAAAGCAACGAAGAAUAGCUACCUUCAAUUGGGUGGAAAUAUAAGUGAACCAUUAGCAGGAUACUCGGACGCAGAUUGGGCUGGGGAUGCCGAAAGUCGGCGAUCAACUUCUGGCGCAGUGUUCUACUUUGGCGGAGCAGCGAUAUCUUGGACUAGCAGAAGACAACCAUGUGUAACACUUUCCUCAAUGGAGGCGGAAUAUGUUGCGCUUUCGGAAGCUUGCCAAGAGACCAUCUGGUUGCGGCAGCUUUUACGUGACUUUGGAGAAACUCAGAUCGAACCAACCGUGAUAAAGGAAGAGAAUCAGGGAUGUCUGGUUUUCGUUAGGACUGAGAGAUCAAGUUGA